AUGGCGACCGCCUCACCAACGGCUGCCGUGGUGACGGCCACCGUGGUGACCACAGCAGCUGCCAUGGACCUGCGGGAUUGGCUCUUCCUCUGCUAUGGUCUGGUGGCCUUCCUGAGCGAGGUGAUUGACAGUACGACCUGCCCGUCCGUCUGCCGCUGUGACAAUGGCUUCAUCUACUGCAACGACCGGGGCCUGACCUCCAUCCCUCCUGACAUUCCAGACGAUGCCACCACCCUCUACCUGCAGAACAAUCAGAUCAACAAUGCUGGCAUCCCCCCCAGCUUGAAGAAAAAGCUCAACGUUCAGGUCAUCUACCUCUAUGAAAAUGACCUGGACGAAUUCCCGGUCAACCUGCCCCGGUCACUGAAGGAGCUUCACCUCCAGGACAACAACGUCCGAACCAUCGCCCGCGACUCCCUGGCACGCAUCCCCCUCCUGGAGAAGCUGCACCUGGACGACAACUCAGUCUCCACCGUCAGCAUCGAGGACGACGCCUUUGCCGACAGCACCCGCCUCAAGCUGCUUUUCCUCUCGCGCAACCACCUCAGCAGCAUCCCCUCCGGCUUGCCCCGCACCCUGGAGGAGCUGAGGCUGGACGACAACCGCAUCUCCACCAUCCCCCUCCACGCCUUCAAGGGGCUGAACAGCCUGCGGCGCCUCGUCCUCGAUGGCAACCUCCUGGCCAACCAGCGCAUUGCGGAUGACACCUUCAGCCGCCUGCAGAACCUCAGCGAGCUCUCCCUUGUCCGGAACUCCCUGGCUGCACCGCCGCUUAACCUGCCCAGCGUCCACCUGCAGAAGCUGUACCUCCAGGACAAUGCCAUCAGCCACAUCCCGCAAAAUACCCUCUCCAGAAUGAGGGAGCUGGAGAAGCUGGACCUCUCCAACAACAACCUGACCACGCUGCCCAAGGGCCUCUUUGAUGACCUGGACAGCCUGUCGCAGCUCCUCCUGCGGAACAACCCCUGGUACUGUGGCUGCAACCUCAUGUGGCUGCGGGACUGGGUCAACGCCAGGGCCUCUGUGGUGAACGUGAGGGGGCUGAUGUGCCAAGGGCCCGAUAAGGUCAGAGGCAUGGCCAUCAAGGACAUCACCAGCGAGAUGGACGAGUGCUUUGAAGUGGGCUCACAGAGCAACUCGGGGGCUGCGGCGAAGACCACAACCACCAACGCCGCGGUCACCACCCCGCAGGGCUCCCUUUUCACCCUGAAGGCCAAGCGGCCAGGCAUCCAGCUGCCCGACUCCAACGUCGACUACCCGAUGGCCACCGGAGCGGGAGCCAAAGCCCUGAUUCUGCACGUCAAGCCACUGACGGCAGACAGCAUCCGCAUCAGCUGGAAGGCGAUGCUGCCAGCAGCCUCGUUCCGCCUCAGCUGGCUGCGCCUGGGCCAUAGUCCAGCCUUGGGCUCCAUCACAGAGACCCUGGUGCAAGGCGACAAGACCGAGUACUUGCUGACAGCCCUGGAGCCCAAGUCUACCUACAUCAUUUGCAUGGUCACCAUGGAGACUGGCAGCACAUAUGUGCCUGAUGAGACCCCGGUAUGUGCCAAGGCCGAGACGGCAGACCUGUACAGCCCCACCACUACCCUCAAUCAUGAGCAAAACAUGGACCCAAUGGCCGGGCUGCCAUUAGCAGGAAUCAUCGGUGGAGCGGUGGCCCUGGUCUUCCUCUUUCUGGUUUUGGCCGCCAUUUGCUGGUACGUCCACCGGACGGGAGAGCUGCUGACACGUGAACGAGGCAGCCGGAAGAAAGACGACUACGUCGAGUCGGGCACCAAGAAAGAUAACUCCAUCCUGGAAAUCCGAGGCCCCGGGCUGCAGAUGCUACCGAUCAACCCGCACCGGGCAAAGGAGGAGUAUGUCAUCCACACCAUAUUCCCUUCCAAUGGAACCAGUCUUUACAAAAGCACCCACACCAUCGGCUACGGCACAACUCGUGGGUACAGAGACGGGGGAAUUCCAGACAUAGACUAUUCGUAUACAUGA